GAAAUGGUCGAGUUCUCCACGUUCUCCAAUUUCCCCGCAUACGCUCUCCUGCUUGCAGUCCCUAUCGUAUAUAUCGGCCAUCGCUUUCUCUUUCCAUCACCAUCACCACCAACAGCAACCGAGUCGCCGCCGCCUUCUGUUGAAGCAGAGCCAGUAAAAACGAUAAUGCAGCCACCAAAGGACGAUCUACCUCCUCCUAAAGACGACCCUUACACCCUAGAGGAGCUGCGACAAUAUGACGGCUCGGACCCGUCCAAGCCAAUCUACGUCUCUAUCAAAGGAACGAUAUUCGAUGUCACGAGGAAGGGCGAUGUGUACGGCCCCGGAAAGUCGUACAGUGUGUUUGCUGGAAAAGAUGGAUCAAGGGGGCUGGGCAUGUCGAGUCUAAAGGUGGAGGAUGCGGUGCCCAAUUACAGCGUGCUGGAUGAGAAAGAUAUGAAGGUCCUUGAUGACUGGCAUGCCUUUUUUAUGAAACGGUACCCUGUUGUAGGGCAUGUCAAGGACCAUCCUAUAGCAAGAAUCUAAAUGAUAUCCGUCCAAUCUUGUAACAUAUCUUUCAUCUUGAUAAUAUCACUUUCGGCUCAACAGCAGAGGCUCAAACAGCAGCA